CCGACCACACGUCGCGACACACCGCUCAACUAUCGACAAACUCGACACGUGCGUGGCGCAACCCUAUUCUGUUGUUCUAUAUAAAAAACUGUGUUGUGUUUACCCCUGACGUCUGGAUAAUAUAGAAAACUCUAACUGGUAAAAUCGCAGUUCGGAUCGUGUGUAGUGUAAUAUAGAUUGAUAGAUUAUGUGCAGUGACGUUGUAUACUUCGACUCGAGGGACAGAAGGUGACAAUUGUGUUGUGUAUAUAUGUCAUUGUGUUGUGAAUAAUGAUCGUUUGGCGAACGAAGAACACUAGUCGUCGGAAAUACGGAGUCUGGUCCAAAAUGGCAUCAGAUAUCGCGUCACAUAUAAGGAAAUCAACAGUUCUAUGGCUAAUUUUAGCCUUAACGAAUACGCGGGCGCGAGCUGGCGAGUUAUGGCCGAUGGAACGGCCUGAAGGCAUGCCAGUUAUACAAUCGCUAGAGGUCAUGUGUGGGAAGGAUCACAUGGACGUCCAUCUCACGUUCUCUCACCCCUUCGAAGGCAUUGUCUCGUCAAAAGGUCAACAUGGUGACCCCAGAUGUGUGUACGUGCCGCCGUCAACGGGACAGACGUACUUCUCAUUUCGGAUCGCGUACGCCAAGUGUGGCACUAAACCAGACCUCCACGGGCAGUUCUAUGAGAACACGGUGGUAGUACAGUACGACAAGGACCUGCUCGAAGUAUGGGAUGAAGCGAAGAGAUUGCGUUGCGAAUGGUUCAACGACUACGAGAAGACCGCUUCCAAACCUCCCAUGGUUAUCGCUGAUUUGGAUGUUGUGCAGCUGGACUUUAGAGGUGACAACGUGGACUGCUGGAUGGAGAUCCAAGCAGGAAAAGGUCCUUGGGCGGCUCCUGUAUCCGGCAUCGUCCCUUUAGGGUCCACCCUAACACUGGUGGUCGCCAUCAACGACUAUCGAGGUGAAUUCGACAUGCGAGUGAAGUCGUGUGCUGCGUCAGAUGGCUCAGGCCAUGUGAUUCAACUGUCAGAUGAAUAUGGAUGCGUGCUACGACCUAAGAUGAUAUCACGGUUCCUCAAAGCCAAAGCGGUAGAUGAGAGAGCAACAGUCAUCACCUACGCUUUCUUCCAUGCCUUCAAAUUCCCUGAUGCUCUAAGCGUCCACAUCAGGUGUAAGGUCGAGAUCUGCAGACAUGGCUGCCUGGACCAUUGUCAACUGGCUGGCGUAACUCCUCAACGACAUGCAGCAUUGGACAGGAAAGAUGAUAGAACACACCAGGACCAUAAUGAGAUCAAUGACUCAUCAGCUGAAGACGGCGGUUUAUCAGAUCUAUCAGAGGAAGCCCGUCUUCCACUAGAAGAAGCCUUCGGUGAUGAAGUGUCUGGCGAUGUUGUUCUGGCUCCAGCUCCACUACCACAAAGAGCACCAGCACCUGUUAUUGAACCUGAAACAGAUCACAUGUCUGCUGUUGAAGAACUGGUUGAGGCUCUUGCUAGGCCUUUCACUGAUCGUCCAACGAACAUUGACCGAGAACGUUUCCCUCAUGGGCCUCGUAACCUUGGCACUCACAUGAGUCCCGAACCUUCUGGCGAUGGAGUAGUUCCAGCCAAGGCACCAGGCCCAGCCGUAGCUGGUCCUAGGUCUCUUCGUAAACGACGAACCGUUCGAGACGCUAGGUCUGCUGAUGUUGGUGUUUCGGGAAUAUACGAAGUAGUCUCCGAAGCUGAUUUGGCUUUUGGCCCAUCAAGAACUGAACCUGUUACUGUGUUUAGUGGACGGAUUCGUGAAGAGGUUGUCUACGGAAUUUGCAUGGGUGCUGUUAGCUUCGGCGCCCUGUUUGCUUCGGCCGCUGGAGCUGCAGCGGGUGCGGCAUUAGCUGCAGCAGUUUUACUUCAGAAACUUCGUUCACGGAUGGCAGUCCAACCUCCAAUCCCAGUAUCUCCGGCACCAGCUUCGCAUUCUCUUGCCGCGUGGAUGGCUCUCAGACUCCUCGGCUCACAACCCCAUCCACACCACUCCCGUGAUGGUUGACCCAUCACCCCAACCACAAUCCUACCGAAGACUGUUCUUAGAUGCUAAAUAUUCGAAUUAUAUUUCUUCUCCAUUCAUUUUAUAGUAUGUUGUAGUAAUUUUCUUCUUCCCUAUGUGUAUAAUAUUGAAGAAAUAAUAUUUUCUUCCAGUUAGAGUUAGCUACCUGAUAAAAUUUAGUUUAGUACCCUUAAUUGGAAUUAAAAGGUCAGUUGCAUCCAUGUAUUAGAUGUUAGACUCGCAGAAAAUUAUUUAAAAUAUGCUUAUAAUUUAUGUUAGUUGUUAAGUGAUGUUUCUAGAUCGCCUUAAAUAAUGGUGCUAGGUCGUGCUACGGACGAAGUCCUAAGAAACCUGAUAUUUUGAAUGUUUCACUCGUGUGAAUAUUAUACAUUUUUAUACCGAUAAGUUUGUACAGAUUUUUUUCUAUAUUAUUAUUGACUAACUUAUUAUCAUUGUCGUGUUCUUUAGUGUCUAUAGGAUAAGUAUAAACGAGUCAUGCCAUUAGAGUAAGGUUUAGUUAAUUCGUACGAUUUCGAGUUUCAUGUACUUAGCACAAUUUACGAAUAGUGUCAGAUGAUGCAAAAUUAAUAUUGAUUUCGAUUAUUUUGGAAUCGAUGUUAUUUGCAACAUUAUCUUUAGGUACUGAAACCUCUGAGGCUUUAGGCAUACUACAGCAGUAGGUACCUGCUCAAUAUUAGCUAUUCAUUUAUUUAUUGCUUAAUUUUAUUUUGGCAAAUAAUUUUGACAUUCAAAUACUUCAUUUGUUUUCAAUUGACAUACAUAUUCAGCGUACUAUCUUCACAUGUUAUUAACUUUUCUUUCAUUUAAUGCAAAAUAAUAAUUACGCCAGUAGGUAACUUUAAAAUUAUUCGAUCAUUAUUUUAAAUUAAAUGAAUAUUAUCAUGCUAACGAAAAUAAUAGUUAUGCCAACUAAUGUGCUUUACAUUUUAGUAUAUUUGUAUACGUAGUUUUAGAUAUUUUUAAAUUUAGACCAACAUAGACAGUGAAAUACAGAAAUAUAGAGUUAUAAUAAACUUAACCCAUAUUUUUAUACUACUUUAUAAAGAAGUUGGUUAAAUUGUUCAUAUUAAGUACAUUUAGUACAUGCAUGGUGUAAAUGAAACGCUCCCGAAAAACGCUUACAAAAUGAUUAUACCAUUUUAUUCGUUUUUGUUUUCGUGUUAUUCAUGCAACACCAGCCUUUAGCAAUUGAUUACACCUAUUAAUACAUAAAACAAACAUAUAGUCCUUACUCUUAUACAAAUAAAACUUGUUUUUAAACAGCACCUGUCGGCGUUUGUCAGAAGCGUACCGUUAACACCCUAUAUUUUUAUAUCAUUGUAUAGAAAAAAAAUAUUUCAAAUUUAGAAUUAUUAAAAUACUGUAUCAUACAAUUAUUUUUCAGACACCAAUGAGUUCUAAGUAAUAGAUUAAUUCAUUUCAAAUGAAAAAAAAAGAAUUGCAUUUAUUUAAGCAUUUAUUUUUAUACUGCUCAAUAUUAAAUGUAACAAUUUUAGCUAUUAUUAGCUAUAAAUAGGUAGGCCUAAUUUAGUUUUACUAGCUAGAUUCAUAAAUGGUUUUAGAGAUCGACAAAAUAUUUCAACAAGGUUUUUAUAGCCCUAUACAAACAUAGAUAAAAGUGGCUGUUACAUUGUACAGUGGCAUUAAGUGCCGUAAUGUGCACCUUUGCAUAUUUGUUCGGGGUUAAAAGGCGUUAUGGGGGUUAUGUUAUGUUUGUAUUACCGAAUAAUUGUUGAUUACCCUGUUGAAAAUUGUUGAAAAUCAUGCCCUAAAUUUAUUCAUACAAAAGUAGCCUCUAAACAUUGAAAAUAAGGUCUAUAAUGUUUAGUGGAGAGCGGUCACCAGUGACCGCUUGGGGAUAUAUGGGUAAGGAAGAUUGCAGAAUUUCGGCUUUGUUUAACCAAUGACUUUAAUGAAAUGUCGAAAGUUUUAACAUAGCAAAAUUGAAAACAUAUAAAAUCUUCUAAUCUUAUGCUAACUUAUUCCGAUAUUAUUAAAAAAGAAUAAAACAGUUACUUAACCCUAUUCAAGUUCGUCGAUCUCUGAACCGAAAUAAAAGUAAUAAUUACGACAUGCCACCCAAAAAUCUUGCAUUUAUUAUAGAAAAACUAUUAUUAUUUAAGUCGAAUAGAGUUUUCAUAUGAAAACUAUCUUCCUAAGUGCAAUUUUACUUUUUAUUAUUUAAAUAAUUGUAUUUAUAUAUACGAAAUAUUUUAUUGUAACAUAACUGGUUAGAUGACGUGAAUAAUUCUUGUUUACUUCUACCUAUCCCCUUGUAGGGGAUGUUAUGUUACAUUUUCUACGGUUAUGGUGUAUGGUGUAUCUUGUGGCAGUAAUUCUUUUAUAAAUAAUAUUCUGGGGAGUACUUUAUAAAUAAAUGUAUGAACAAAAUGUUUUAAGUUUCACUGUAUGGAUGCGGUGACGAUGUGUUUGUCGCGUAAGCACCUGUUAAUUUGUUUAAUGGAUUAAAAAUUAUGUUGAAACAUA